AUGGCCAAUAAGUCUAAAAGAAGGGCACACAGCAGCGGUAGCAAGGAGUCCGUCAAUACAAUCCGCCCCGAUCCUGAAACACCAACUCGAGCACCUAGGUCUACCGCGCCUUCUGAAGAGCUUCACACACCUAGAAUCAACGAUGACGGUACCGUAGGUUAUUCCGAAACGCAAUUAGUAGAUGAAACGUGGUAUGUGAAUGAUCUAUCGCACACUGGAACAGGAUACGACUCUCCUUCCCGGGACAAUGUUCCUCCUAUUACUCCGCAAGUUCCCGCAAGCACCCACGGUGCCGCAACUCAGAUCUUUCCCUCCCCUCGGAGCGUGUCCCUGAUAUCUCCGGCCCUGCAAGACGCCAUCGACAAAGCGGUAGAAAGUGCCGUUGAGAAAGGAUUGAAGACCAUUCAGGAAGACAGUAUCAAGAUAAUGCACGAUCUCUUUAAAAAGAUGGCGAACUUGGAAAAUGAGAAAGCCAUGGAGUUCAGGAAGUGGUUUGACAACCGGCUUUCUGGAAUGGACAAUCGCAUACAAAGGAAUAAGACUGAUGUGUGGGGUGCGGAGAAUGAACGAACUCAAGAUGACACAGGAGAUGAAGACGAGGAUGCAUCCGGUCAUACAAACAGCGGAACGUCACCGCCUGGUGGACGUUCAUCGGCACCCGCAGGAGGAGCGUCGUCACGAUCUCAAAAACCGAGCUUGGUAAGCUAUGAUACUGAGUGA